AUAUUCGUCGGAAAGCGGAAGCGAGGUGUCGAAGGGUUACAAAUGGGGCUGUCCCGUGGUCUCCUCAGAUCCAAAACUUUUGGGACCGCCAGUCCCUUUGGAAACUACUGCUGAAGGGAAGGAAGCAAUGUCGAGUCAGCUCGCGGAAAAUCCGUCGCCUUAUGAAGAAGACUAAAUUGCCCAACGCCUGGAAGAAGACUACGGUUGAAUUGGAGAAGGCAUUGCGUAAUGACAGGAAAGAGUACUUGCAUGCCAAGAAAAACCACGCGGUUACAUGGCGCAAGAAGUUCUUGACUAUUCAAGUGAAGAGAUCUAAGAAGAAACAAUGGACAUUGCGCAAGGCUAGAGAUCGCUUUUUGAGGUUACGGCGGAUGAAGCAACGAGAGGAGGCGAGACGCCGCCGCCGCGCCCAGUCAAAAGGAUCUACCAGUGGUUUGCAAGCGAUUCAAGUUGAGGAGAAGUUACCUAACGGAAAAGUGGAUCUUCGAACUCUCACUGACCGGAGACAAGUUGAGCAAGGGUGCAUGCAGGAAAACCGCGCACGGUACAACCAGACUCAAUCGCCCUAUACAACUCCUCCCAUGGACGAACCCUUGCGGACGCAGAGAGGAACUCUCACGCCCUUCUGGAGGGCCGCCUUCCAAUGCCGGAUGGGAUUGAUUCUUACACUCAGUCAUUCCUAG